AACAAAGAAUGGUCUAACUUAUCUGCGGAUCGAUCUAAUGAAAAAUAACGGAGAAUGGAAGUAUGCGGAAUUUAGUAGUUUUUCCUUGGACACCGAGGGAAACAUGUAUAGACUUUCUGUUUUCGGAUACACAGGGGACGCAGGGGAUAUGAUGGGAUUCCACCAUGGUAUGAGCUUCAGCACCCCUGAAGUUGACAACGACGCAGCAUCUAAUUUUGACUGUGCCUCGUACCUACAGUCCGGCUGGUGGUAUAGAGAUUGCAACAGGUGCGACCUCAAUGGAAAGUACGGAUACGGAGUUCACUGGAGCACCUUAACCGGUAGCACAUCCUCCUUAAAAGAGACCAGAAUGAUGAUUCGGGAACCAUAAAGAAUAGUAGGAGGGAUUAAACUGGAAACAAUAAAUUGCUGAUAAUAGUGAAAAUUUGUAAAAUAUGAUUUUAUUGACCUUAAACGAUCGUUGCAGAUUGAGAGAUGAAUAUGUGUCGGUGUUUUGAAGCAAUGACUUUCCUUUUCAGAAAUUCCCCCAGGGAAAUUCACUAUUUACAUUCCCUCGAUAAAUUGCAAUGAAAAUAAAUCUUCCCAACGCAGGAGAAAAACAAUAUUGCAGAAAUUUCCCCAAGAAACGAUAACUAUAGGUAGCAUUACCCCCCCCCCCCCUCUUUUAUAGCA